CACCUUAAUGGUGGGUAGUGUGUGCCUCUUCUUGAGCUUCUUAUGUACCUGUAGCACUUUCACCGAUAAAACCGGAAUCCAGAUCCAACUAUAUGAUUGAACAACAUUAGAACCGGAAGCAGCUUUUGUUGGUGGCCACCUUCGUGUAACCACCUGAGCAUUCAGUCCCUUCUAGUUGCAUUCCGGAUAUUUGUCUGUUGUCUUAGAACUCAUAACAGAUUCGCUGUGGGUAAACAUUACCCUUGUACCGUUCCCAUUGGUCCGGGCCCACCACUUUAAAACACCCUGAUAAACCCUACUAACAACAAAGCAGCUAGACGGAAUGUGACCGGCACGGACCCAUCUUGCAAUAAAAGCUUUCAGGCCUGAAGCUGAAUGAUACAGAACACUCACUGUGAACAGCUGAUGAGCGUAAGGCAGAAACCCUUCAGAAGGGGUUCCCAGGUGUACUGUAAUGGCCGGCGAACUUGUAGACGGGUGCCAUUCCGCUGUCGAUAAUAGCGCAGUAAAGACGAAUGCUAGCUGCGUGGCCAUUACAGUCGUCGCUGUCGAUAUCAGAUGCAGUGCUGGACGAAGUGUGAAUCAAAAAGGGAUUCCCAUCGGAACACGGACUGUAGACAUUCGGACGCAGCUCGAGCAGUCGGAGUUACUUUCUUCGGAGCGCACUUCAAAUCUAACCGUAGGAAGCGGUGAAAGCGGUUUCUAUCGUGACGGAUACAAUUGCUGUGUUUUACUUUUUGAAAUACGAAUUUGAUCCUAGUGUGCGAGUAUUUUUCUAAUUCCUCAAUCAGUGACAGUGCAAAGUGCUCAUGUAAAACUAUGGUGCAACUGUGGAAUGGCAGUCAUAGGACUGUUAGUGCUGCAUAUCUCUUACUACUGUGCGUUCCAAACAUAGUGGCGAUUUUCGUUCCAAAACUACACAACAGACACGGCAAUGGGAAUGGUACUGCACUGUUCAGAGAAACGGAUCCUGUUGCGAGGGCAACCAUUGACUUUCAGUCGGGAAACACAUCCGACACUGUGGCGGGUGACGAAUCUCAGAACAAUUCGUCGAGUUCUCCAUCGAUAUGCAUCGUUACGAGCAGUUUGGACGAUUUGCCGCCCGAUCUUUUCAGCGAGGAGCAACGACUCCAGGGCGCAAUUGUGCUCCAUUUUCUGGCUGCGCUCUAUUUCUUCAUGUUGCUCGCGUAUGUCUGCAGCGAGUACUUUCUACCAUCGGUUGAGUGUUUGUGUGAGGAUCUAAAGCUAUCCCAGGACGUAGCGGCAGCCACGUUCAUGGCGACGGCUACUUCGAUGCCGGAAUUUUUCACCAACACCAUCAGCACGCUGGCAGUCGACUCGGACAUUGGGGUCGGCACGAUCAUGGGUUCGAUGCUGUUUAAUACGCUCGGUGUAGCGGCUCUCGUAGGACUUCUGACAAAGAUGCACGUGCAGCUUGAUUGGUGGCCAUUGACGCGGGAUUCCAUCAUUGUCACCAUAUCCACCACACUAUUGGUGGCUUGCGUUUGGGACGGUCGAGUUGAAUGGUAUGAAGCGAUGCUUUUCAGCAUCACCUACGUGUUGUACUUUGUGGUGAUGUUUAAAAAUGAAAGUUUAAAAAGGUUAGCCAUACACUACAUACAGAACCGCUGGAAUUUAUGCGGGCGAUUAGAACCAGAACCCGAAGAUGGUGCGAUUGAUCACAAAGUGGGCCGGAAGUAUUCGAUCGCGAUCUUAGGGCAUGCUAUCAAUGGUGUUCUUGUGGGAAUAAAUGAUGAGACCGGUAAAAAAGUGGAAUCAAGUUCAGAUACGCCUACGGGCAGUUCAGUAGAGCCGACAGAUCCGACAAGGUGUGAAAGUACCGUGGAAUCGCCGAAAAGUGUAAAGUGGAACGAACUAACGCGGCUACCAGAAACAUCUUUCGCUGGUUGGAAAACGAUCAUGUGGUUCUUUACCUGGCCGUAUCGGUCAGUUGUGUUUCUGACCGUACCAGAUCCACUCCGCUUCCGUAAACUCUACCCACUGACGUUCCUCUGCUGCAUUGGGUGGAUCGGAUUGAGUGCAUAUGUCGUGUUCUGGAUGAUCUCAGUCAUUGGUAAUACCUUCGGCAUACCGGACACAGUGAUGGGCAUGACGUUCCUUGCAUUUGGUGGCUGCAUGCCAGAAGCUGCGUCAGCUGUAACACUUAUUCGACGAGGUAAUGGCGCCAUGGGCGUUUCUAACUCGCUAGGUGCGAAUACACUCGCCAUAUUGUUUUCGCUCGGAUUGCCCUGGUUCAUCAGGACAAUGAUCGACGGCGGUCCUUCAACUGGUGCUUACAUCGCAAUCCAGUCGUACGGUAUCCAGUAUUCAGUGCUUGCCCUUUUUGGUGCCAUCUUUACGCUCUACCUUGUAUUAUACGUUGCUAAGUAUACGCUCCGGAAGUUGGUCGGACUUGCGCUGGGCAUUGCGUAUCUGGUAAUCGUAACAUUCAUGAUCCUAGUUGAACUGGAUCUGUUCUUCCCGGCAAAUAAUCGAUGUUGAAUAUAUAGGAAGUCGUAUUUACGUUUAAAUAGUAUACUUAGUAAAAGCUGUGAAUAAAAAGAAACGGAAAGUACCGGCAAGGGAUAAGCGGAGCUCUUGAAUUUUAAUGAAAAUAGUAAAUUAUUAGCAAAGUUAAUAAUUUGUAUUGUAAUUCUAUGCUUUAAGAGAUUAAUUUUUGUUUGUAAUUUUUAGAAGAAAAUUAAUAAAUCAUGGUUUUAAAAAUACUUUUA